AUGGCUAAGAAGUCGAUUUUGCAUGAACUUUACGUAUUUUCAGAAUGGAAACCCGAACCAGAAUAUAUUCAAAAACCUGAUUAUAUAGUUCCCGACAAUUUAACAGCACUUUGGAGAUGGCUUAAAUUUUUUGGUCCGAAAAAAAGCUUGAUAGACAGUGUUCAUGUGCAUACAGAGAAAAAACAGAAGUGGCAUAUAGCACUUGGAGAUGAGGGAAAAGUUGUUGCUGUACUGACUGAAAACAUACUUGAGAUAAGAACGAAACGGUCUGACUAUGCUACAAUUGCUGCAAGAACCACAGUUUCCAGAGAUCCCUAUUCUCAAUGGAGGAAGGUGGUAUGGAGUCCAGAUUGCUCAUUUUUAGUGAUUGCAUAUGGAAAUGGAAUAGUCAGUUUUUUUGACCUCACAGCAUCAAAUCUUUUUAAUAUACCUAUUGACUGUUCGAGGCCAGGCGGACUAGAAUGUACAGAUAACACACAUGCUGUCUCUGAAAUUAUAUUUAUGCCUCUCCGAGUUAAAGACACAAAAUGGAAUUGGGAAGUGUUAGUGAUCACCUACGAUGGCAAACUACGUUGCUUUAUUGUCUCGCAAACUGAAGGCUUCAAGCUGCAUCAUACUUUUCUUUUUCCUGGAGGUGUAUCUGCAGCGGCGUAUUGUGUACCUCACUCAAUUCUCUAUAUUGCUGGUGUUCCACAGGUUGAUUACAAGAAGGAUGCAAGUUCUCCUUUGAGCUGCGGAUUAAGUGCAUGGCGUAUCCUAAAUGACGAACCAUAUUAUAAACUCUCGGUUGUCUCUGACGAGCUCCAUGCCAAGGUAGCGAAUGAGCGUUACAAACUAUAUAUCCCCUGGGUCUAUUCCAAAAAUAUGAAUAUCGUAGUUCAAAUGAUGCCAUCCCCUGACUCUUCGAAGCUUGUUUGUAUUCACUGCAAUGGCGAUAUUUCCAUUUGGAAGCUGCCUAUAUUGAAAAGGGAAUAUCAGCACAAAUUGAUAGAACAAAGCGGUUACGCUUUACAAAACCCUUUGCAUAAGAACCAUGAUACGAAAGACCAGAUGUUAUAUUACCCAGCUGAUGUUAAUUGGUGGAGUAACCAGGAAGUAAUAGUAUCGCGAUUUAGUGGCGCUGUGUCUGUAUGCUCAAUAGAAGACAUGAUGAAUAUCCUGGGAAAGCAGCCGGAGUUUUUCCAGGGUACUCCACAGGUAAGAUGUGCUCAUGAUGGCGCUUUCGUAGCUUUGGAGUGUGAGACAAAUGUGCUGCCUCCAAACAAGACUAGUCCCGAAGACUCGAUGAUGGUAGCAAAAGCGGAUGCUGAUGAGGAAAAUUCUAUGUUAGAAGUGACGAAAGAGAUAAUGAAGUCUGUUCUAUAUGCAAUCACUGACAUGGAGGCAUUUCAGCCUAAGCCCAAGAAGAUUACGAUCGUCUCUCGGGUGUAUCGUCUUCUGGGGGUCAAGAGUACUACGCCAAACGAACUCUUUUCUAGAAAGAUUGAAAGUGGAAAAUAUACGGAGGCACUUACGCUGGCUGAUACCUUUGAUCUCGAUAGCGACUUAGUCUACCAACAGCAAUGGAGAAAAAAUCCCGUUUCAACAGAUGCUAUUCAAAAAUUUUUGAGUAAAAUAACAAAGAAGAUCUGGGUCGUGCAUCAAUGUGUUGACCGUCUGCCUGAGAGCCUAUCUGCAGCGCGUGACCUCCUCGACUUUGGUCUUAAGCUCACGUGUGCUGAAAUUCUGGAUGAAAUCAACAAGGACCUCCCGGAAGACGAGUGGAAGUAUCCAGACGACAUCGAUCUAGAAGAUCUAAAUGGGUAUACAAGUGAACUAUUGCGCUGUAGACACGUCAUGAUCUUUUACAAAGAGAGGCUUAAUCUGUAUGAGGCCAUAUUAAAAUGUGAAAAAUCCACGUACAUAAAGGACGAAUACCAUAGACUACGCAGCAAUAGCGUAGUUCACAGUGCUAUGGAAAUCGCCAAAGAAGGUCGCAUAGAGGCGCUCACAUGCUUAUGGCCUUACAUUAAGAGCUUAAAUAUGCAACUCGAAGUCUUAAAUAGAAUACCGGAGUCAGCGAAUCCUAUAGAAUUCCAACACUUAUUACCGACUAAAGAGCCAAGGAUUUGGUUUGAAAAGAAAUCUCCAAUUAAAAUCAAACCUUCUGAACAUGAGAACGAUUGGUGUAAAAGAGAAGUUUUUAGAUCCAUCUGGAGUUCAAACUGGUCAGAAGACACCACUCCCGAUACGGAGUCAUCUCUAUCUGAUUCAGACAUUUCAAGUUGGUAUGAGAGACGUGCGAGGGAGAUAGAAAAUCGUAGUGGACUGGUCUCUCACGCCCUCAUGUUAAUAUCGAUCGCAACUGUGGGAGGGGGUGUGAAAGGAUUAGAUACGAUCCUAUUUAAUCUUCUCACCUUGGAUACAUUGUUAUAUGACUUAAACGUUGAAAAUGUAACGCUUGCUGAUUUAGAACAAAUUGAUGUUAUUGGCAUCUGUAAAUUGUUGACUAAGCUGUCCACAACGGAAACAUUUGUAGCGGACCUGAGGUCGUAUGUGUGUCCGUUUUUGAAACGCCAUGAGGUGUUCGUACAACAAGAGGGUCUGGCUGUUACCAAUUUGAUCACGUUUCUAGAGACUCUUAGCACGGACGACCUUACACUUACGCUGGAGGUGUUCAAAGCUAAGCGUGAAUUCUCGCUAGACAUGUUGACAACCGUCGAAUUAGCCGAGCGCUGUGUUUUGGCGCAUGCGCACACUCAUCAACUACACAUGGCAUGUGAUCUGUUACACUGUAUGCUUAAAGAAACCGAUGGAACAAUCUCGAACACAUGCUUACUGCGCCGUGUAUCGGAACUGGAAAAGAUAGUAGCUGGCUGCACGAAAUUAACUUGGCGGGGCGUGGCCGUGGCACCGAGGGACUUGCGCGAUGUACUCGCACAUCAGGAUCAAUGCGUACGGCUUCUCACACGCCUCGCUAGGUCACACCAAGUUGACCCUCUUACAACAGAAAAAGCGAAACACCGCGAAUGGAAUAACAUCCUCAAGGAUAUGUUGGAUCUGCAGACUACAAUCUUUGGUUGUGUAACGCGUGAAAAGUGCUAUGAGAUCUACGCUUCAGCACUUCUGACAUCUGGAGAUCCAGAUAGUAUCCGUUUUUCGGCAGAGGUACUCACUUGUACACCCCUUAUGCAAUUCGGAUCCCAUAUGAUAAACUACGAGCAAACUGUUAAACUCGUUCUCAACGCCGCCAGGGAGUAUUUUAAUUCAGCCUCUUCUCUCAUAGACCCGGAAUUGCAAUUGGCUACAUUAUGUUUGAAAUUAAUUGAACGUGGCAACACUGAAGUGGAACAGGAAAUUGAUUUGAUUGAAGCUUUACCUACGCUAAACGCGUUCCGAAUCAAGUUGCUUCCUAUACAAGUGCGCCUUUGCGAGGAUCGCAUGAAACUAAUUGAAGAUUGUCUAAGUGCUGAGCCAAGUGCGUUUCUGGCUAGCGAGAAACUCCUCCAGAUUGCUCAGAUGUUGCGAGUUGCUGGCGAUGACGAAGAAGCUCGAGAAGGAAUGGUCCUGACAAGGAUUUGCGAGCACGCAAUGCGCGCUGAUGCAGCAGGAGGCCAGACAGCGGUGUCGGGUGCGCGACGCCUAGCUGCGUUGCGUUGGGCUGGUGCCGCUCACGUAUUGGCGAGUGUAGCCCGAGCUGCGCCGGCGCACACUGCUGCACAUCUACGCCGAGAUCUAUUGGCUGCCGCUCUUACGUUUUGCCCCCCGCAGGAUCUGGAACAAGUGCUUUCAUCGAGGUUAAAUCUGGAAUACGAGAGCCUGAAACCGAAGUCCGUUCAAGUAGAAUCCAACUAUUACAGCUACCGUUGGCCCUCCACAGAUGACGAGUUUUCAGACGCAGUUGGUACGCCCGCUUCAGAGAAGAAAGAUUUUAUGACUCCCGUUCAGGAGAAAAAGCCGUUACUCAACUACCUUGUGGACACCAUUCAAAAUAAAUUUGCUAGCGGUGAUAAAUCGUCAGAGAUAGAAAGCGAGACGGUUCAACGUAAAGUUCACUGCCAAGAAUUCUACUCAACACUUUACUCUAAUUUAGAAGUAUCCCCGAGUUUUUACCGGUACGACCGGUUCUCGACUGAAACACAACUCGAUGCGCACGACUCGCCUCAUUCACGUCUAAAGUUCUACUAUAUACAAAACUGUCUUGGUGAUGUAGCCAUGCCAAUUAGUGAUAAUGAGGGCGAAGUUGUUCAAAAAUGUGCGGACGACAUCUUGUACAAGGACACAGCGCUUAGUGUCGCAUGCUUACUGCGGUCGACGCAAGAUUACGCCCGAUACAAGCAGCACUUACAAACGCUGUACACGGAGUGCGCUGUGAGCGCAGCCCUUUACGUCAUCCUCCUUAAAUGCAACUCGCCAGACCUACGCGAUAACGUAUAUCUUGCCAGACCGCGAGAUAUGGCAAUAGCAACGCUAAAGGAGAACAACGCGAACGAGGAGCAAAUGUCAAUAAUACGAGAAUGUAUAAAGAAACUAAGUGCUAUGGGAGAAGUUAAUCAGCUUCGUGCGUUAGGAGUCAGCGUCAAUGCGCUUAUGUUCAACGCAGACGAGGACUACCGUCGCGAGGUCAUCUAUAGGCUUGCCAAGUCCAACUCCGAAGAUCAUGCGCGCCUCGCGUGUAGUCUGGCUAUGAAGUAUGGGUUGGAUUUGCUAGACGUGUGGCUCCAUCACGUAGCUUCGGAUUCUACAUUGUCCCAUAUAGCACCUGAUGCUAUUGAGGAUAUAGCGCGAAGGCCCAACGCACAUUCACGGAUCCGCGAAGUCUUAUGGCCCGAGAUAGACGGGAACAAUUAUGUAGCAUUAAUAAACUUCUUUACUUUACUAAAGAGGGUAGACGAAAAGGCAAUUGUCUUUGGUCUCACUGCGACGGAGCAUAUCAAAUUGUUGAAAAAGGCAAAAGCUGCCUCGCAAGAUCUCGAUUACAAACUGCUCCUACAACAACCAUCAGAGGAAGAGUUUACUACUCACAUCCUUAGUAUAAUCAAGCCGGAGAAUGUGGGCUUGCUGACUAAGUUUCUUAGGACUCUGCCCCCCACAUUUAAGAUACCGAUUACCGUUAGCGUUUUGUACACGAAAUGGCUUACGAAGUAUUUCUUUGAUGUACCCGCUGCCAAUGUGACGAACAAAAAGUGGAUGCAACAAUACCGAGAAUGCGUCAGUUAUUUCAACAAGCUGUCAAAAUACGACAUAGUGACAUUCAUUGAAAACAUCUGCUUUUCACGCGAUGCUGUACAACGAGUACCGGGUGCUACUCGUAGCUUAAUGAUAAUGCAAGCUGUGGACUACUGUCAGCAAGAACAUGAGAGCGAAGUAAAGAAAAAUAAAACGUCCCAGCCGUGGGCUCUAGUGGGCCAAGAGCUGAUGCUCUUCGCUCGUUUCCUUGACAAUUAUCACUCGUCAACGUUGCAGGCUAUAAGAGCCAGUAGUGGCAUAGCGUCCACAGAAAUAUGGCCCGAACUAGAAAUGUCCCACGGUGACGGGGUACUGUCGGUACUGAGCCGCCUGGUUUGCUAUUCCUCGCUGAAAGCAAGUUCACUCGAUUCUUUGCUACAAUGCCUCAACUUGAAGUUAGAUGUGCAUAAACUAUUCAAAUAUGCCGCUGAGAACUUUAUCAAUAACUUACAAGACACCGAGAUACUUGCAACACGAAUGACACAGUACUACAAGGAAGGUGUCAAGUUUCCAGAAGAUCUACUAGACAAUGUUCUGCAGAAGGCUUCCGAGUACGGGCUACCGCCUCAUAAGCAACUCGGCCUGCUGUCCCUCAGCCAAAAGUCAAGGUUUCAAGACGCUAGUGACCUUCUUAAAGUGGCCGCAUCCACUAUUGAUUUAUUCAGAACUGUUUGGCCUGACAACGAACAUACCGAAAGUCUCACAGAAGAUACGGUCCUGACAGCAGAAGGUCGAGAGACAGUUUUUGAAAAGUUUCUACGUGCAAGCGACACAUGGCAAAAGAAGAAAGCGCUAGCCGAUGUAAUCAAUUGUUGGCCUGUGACUUAUAACGAAGCCGGACGAAGUUUGCACUGCAUGUACAUACAGACCCUGCUGCAACAAGUGUCCGAGUACAAAGAGAAUUUAGUUCUCAUCAAAUUGUUACUCACACGGCCGAUACUCAAUGAAAUGGAACUGGGUCUAAUUAUUCAAGAUGUAGGUGAUAGUUCAGUGACAUCAGCUAUGUGGGUGUUAUUACUUAGCAAGUCUGAAAACUAUGUUUCAUUGCUAUGUGAUCUUAUCAAUAGCCACCAGGAAGCUCUUAUUAAUCAAGAGAUAGAAGAAGAUCUCAUCAAGGAAGUAUUGGAUCACGGACUGUUCGUAACAUUGGUUACGACGCCUCUAUAUACUUCAAUGAUAAUGUUUAUACUUAGUGGAGAAUCACCUCUUAACGACAACAGUGCCUGCUCGUAUACCGUGGAAGGAGCGAUUGAGGAACUAGUACAAGCUAAUUAUAUAGCAGAAGCUGGGCACCUUCAGUUAAUAUCGAAGAGCAUUCCGACACCGUUGCGUGGUUUCACUCAGACGGUCAUGUUUUGCAAGAAUAUUUUACAGUAA